UGGAAAUCUGGGUCCUUUGCUAGGUCCCCUCAUGAAAAGCUUGGAGGUAACACAUUGCCGCUGAGUACUGGCAUGUGCCACAUGUUUGAAAUGUUCUCUGCAAAAACAAGGGAGUAGCUGAAGAGAAAUCUUUGAAUUGCAUAGCACGUUACUUGUUCUUGGAUGCAGAGUACCUGCUGGGGUUGCUCCUAACACCUGACGCUGCUCUAAAAGAGACAGAUUAGCAGGAACUAGCUUUCCCUCUCUUUCUGUAACGUGUUUUCAUUGAACGUUGGACAGUGCUUUGCAUGUAGUUUCUCUGUAUAAUCAGUGAUACCUGCUCUUGAUUUGGGAGUAGGUUUGGAAAUCGUGGCAGGAGCAUUUGUAGGCAACUAUUAGAAUUUAUUAUUUUUUUUUCUAGCGCUUCCUAUACUCUAAAUGGUUAUUGUCUCCCGAACCAGAUAAAAUAUAAUGGAAAUUGUGUUUAUUUAAAGACAAAGAUAUAAAUACUGAAUAUACCAUAUCAUCAGGGCCAGAUCCUGAUAAUUUUACUCAUGAGUAAUCCUUUUAACUUCAAUUUAAUUUAGAUUCAAAACAUGAGAAAGCACAAACCACAUCACUUUAUGUUGAGAAAUAGCCUUCAGGUAAGGAAUUUCAUGGCCUUCUCCACGCGUGGUGUACAGUGUUGGAGCCUCCCACAGCUCAGCUCACCAACGCCUACCAUCACGGACCGCCUUCUCACCUGGGCCAUGGUAAAACGGUUGAAAUUUCUGUCAGAGAGGCCUCUCCAGUAUUCCUUACGCUGGUUGGGAAUGUGUCUGUCUUUUUAGGCCCUUCAGUGUUAUAAGAGAAUGGUGUUCCUUUAAGCUCUCGCUAUCCGUUCAUAGCGUGGCCAGUAUGUCAUCUUCCUAGGCAGUGCAGAAACUUGCCUGCGUGCUCGGCUGCUCGGUGCGGCUCGUCCUUGUUUGUGGUUUCUGAGCUGCGGGUGCCGAGGGGACAGUGCUCCUCUGAGCGCCGCAAGGUUCUUCCUCAUUGUAGCGAAUCCCAGGGUGCUUGCUAAUCUGUAACUGGCACAAUAUUUAUUGUACACCGGUCUCUUUUAGGGAGUUACUUUUUGAUCUCACCGGUCAGAAGGCACGUGCCGUUCAGUGGUGUAAGCCUAGCCUGAGUGCAGGGUUUUUGGCACAGCGGUUACAGCACAGGGUAGAACGCUGGACCUUCCUGCACAGGGUUUAGGCCUCCAAACCAACGCUGGUGUAGCUCCAAGCCGCUGAAAGUGGAUGCCCUCUUGUAAUAAAGAGGCACAAAGCAAAAGCUGGAGCUUGUGAGAGGAUCUGAAAGGAAUGACUGAGUUAAGAUCAGUUUUGUUCCUCUCAUGAGUUCAUGAACUUCUUUUAAGCUUCUCUUCUGAAGGAAAGUUUUGAGGUUAGGGAGAAAAAGAAUGUAUUUCAAAUAUUCCUCGUUUUGACUGUAAAAUUGUGCUAGUGUAGCUCUGUACAUUGUCUGCUCGGUUUAGAUGUCAGAGUAAACUGGCCAGUUCCUAGUUUUUCAAAAAUAGCUUUCCAUUUUUCACCUACUGGCUGCAAUAAACAAGUGUUGUAAGUAAUAAACAAGUAAUAAGGAGGUAGGAAAAUGUUUAAGUUGCAGGAGCUCAUUUGUUAAAAGCAGAUUAAUCAGAAUUACCCAGUCCAGAACACCCAGCGAUAAUGCCUCGGUGCUUGAUCGUUGUGGUGGCUUCGCUGGUGUAGGUGUGAGUGCCCUAACCGCGCCGGGCUGCUGCGUGCUGCGGGCCGCCUCCUCGAACAGGCUUUGCAGGGCUCGUCGCUGUGAUGCGGGGAAGUAACGUGUGCGGAUUUAGUUUGGGCUCUGACUUCCUGUGGAGUUGACGGUGCUCCGUGCCUGUGAACAUUGGUCUGAACUUGUUAGGCUUUGUUUCUGUAAGGGUUGUGCGUGUUGGGUUCAUAAAUGCUCAGCAAAGGAAGUGCUGCAAAUAUAUAGGUAGCUUUUAAGCAUUCCACGGGAAACAAUUAAAAUACUUUCCAAAGGAAAUUAAUACAAUUUGGGCCUGGGUGUUCAUUUGGCUAUUUAAACUUCAAAACCAUUUAAAGUCUUGAUUGGGCUCGCUUGGGGCCCUGCUUGACAUUUGGAAAGAAAGCUCGACAUCCCUGCAGGAGCGCGGCGGAUCCAGCGCAGAUCGCUCAGUGACAGCAGCGUGCCGUGCUCCUCUGCUUGUUGUUAGGAAGGGGCUUGCGGAUCGAGCCGAGUGAAAGCAUGCCUAACUCUCCUGCGUUCAGCGCUGUACAGCUUAGCUGUGCUGGUGUCCCUGCUGCUUCGUCUAGGAAAUAUUCCCCUGCUAGAACAGCUGUGCUCGUGGAAAACAGCCCUGAGCCAUUAGUGGGGCUGGCGUGAGACGUAAUGAGAACUCCUGCGAACAUUCAGCUGAACUUUUAUUGUUGAUUUGUUUGUAUCUUUGCGUGUUGUGUUCAUGGGUGGCAUGUCUAUUAAUUUAAUUUGUAGUUGGUGUUUGGUUAUGCAACUGUCCUGUGUUCCAUGUUUAAAAUUUCUGAACUAUGGCUGGAGGCAGGGAGAAAUCUGAGCCAGACAAAACCAAAAUACUGCUGUGUUUGUGUUGUCAGUCCAUCCCCAGCUUGCUCGUACAGUAACGGUAGCUACAGCAGUACCACAUACGGUUCUCAGUUAUUUUCAGUAUAGCUAUAUCUAGACAGAUUUUUUUUAGAAGAGGAAAAAUUUAAAGAUAACAGAGCUCGGGUCAUCUGUGGAAAUGGCUCUAAUAGUAACAUAUAUCUCCAUCUGUUUGCCAUUUACCUUUUAUUUAUUUACUUAUGAUCCCUUUGAUCACUUUCAUCUCUGCCUUCAUCUGUGUUUUCAAGACUGUCUUGGGGAUAGUGUGGGUGGAGGAGUGCUCCAGCACUUCUUGUUGAUUUCAUUUAAAAUUUAGAUGAGGCUUGCUAACUUCAUAAACCCUAGAGAGCUUAGAUUUCUUCUAAAUACAGUGCUGUCUUCUGUGUUACUCACAAACUUUGAGAAAAUACUGAAAAGCGAAACGCAUUGCAAAGCACAAGAGAAUAAACUCAAUGGAAGUUUCUGGGUCAUUAUUUUUGGGGACAAGGUGCCCAAAACCAGUAAUCAAAUCUUCUAAUAAAGUUACUACAUUCUUCUUCUUUUUCCUCCCCUUUUAUUUUGUUUGUUUGCUUGGUUGCAUUUCAGUUGCUCUUUGUUUUCAUGGGUCAUUUCAUAGUCAUCUCGGGGACGGUUUUUACAUCUCGUCUGCUAGAGGUGGUCUGCGGACUGCAGGCUGGGCUUGAUGAAAGUACCCUCGGUGGCAGGUGGCUGAUUUGCCGAGGGAGUUUUCUGCCUUCUCUUUGGGGAGAGACCAAGGAAGAACCAAAGCAAGCUCUCCGGCCUGUGCAGCUCUGACCCGUGCUCGCUGGGGGCUCCCCCGAGGCCCCGUGAGGCAGGAUGCGUGCGGGUGCUGUGCUUGGCCCGGUGCUGCUGGCUGCCCCGGCACCAAGGCCCUCGUGCUGGCCACGCGUGCAGCCGCGACGGUGCCUCCGGAUAAGCCAGAGAUGAUUCACUUCCAAGGAGGAUGAGCCUUGUUUUCUGCUACCCUUUCUGUGGGCAGCAACCCUCCUUCAGCAAAACGGUUGCCAUCCUUAUCAAGUUAUGGCCUUGAAGUCUGUAGUUAGGAGAACACUUAAUGGGAACCGGAGAAUAGGAGAGGCACUGCAUUUCCCUUCGCCAGAAUCCUGCACGUACAAAACAUUUCAAGGGAUGAACUUACUGCAGUGAAUGUAAAGCAAGGCUUCAGUAAUCAACCUGCCUUCUCUGGAGAUGAGCAUGGGUCUGCUAGAAAUAUCGUCAUUAAUGCCUCAAAGAUUGGCGCUUACUUUAGCAGCAUAUUAGCAGAAAAGCUAAAACUUAACACGUUCCAGGACACAGGAAAGAAGAAACCACAAGUAAAUGCCAAAGAUAACUACUGGCUGGUUACUGCUCGGUCUCAGAGUGCAAUUCACAACUGGUUCACAGAUUUAGCAGGAAGUAAACCACUGACUAUUUUAGCAAAAAAGGUUCCAAUUCUCAGUAAAAAAGAAGAUGUUUUUGCUUAUUUAGCAAAAUAUUCUGUGCCACUGCUACGAGCGGCAUGGCUGAUCAAAAUGACAUGUGCCUACUAUGCUGCUAUUUCUGAAGCUAAAAUCAAGAAACGCCAGGCCACUGAUCCAAAUAUAGAAUGGACUCAAAUUACAACCAGAUACCUUCGGGAGCAGCUGGCAAAGGUUGCAGAGUUCUACCAUGUGACAUCCAGCCAAGGCAACGGCUCUGUGGUGAUGCCUCAAGAGAUGGAACAGGCCUUGAAGCAGUGGGAAUAUAAUGAAAAAUUGUCAUUUUACAUGUUUCAGGAAGGAAUGCUCGAGAGACAUGAGUAUUUGACAUGGAUACUGGAUGUUUUGGAAAAAAUCAGACCUACUGAUGAUGAUCUUCUUAAGCUGUUGUUGCCGCUAAUGCUGCAGUAUUCAGAAGAGUUUGUUCAAUCAGCUUACCUAUCCCGUCGCCUUGCUUACUUUUGUGCCAGACGCCUGUCGUUAUUGUUAAGCGAUGGUCCUAACCUUGUAGCUGCACAUUCCCCUCAUAUGAUAAUUGGACCAAGUAACCCUCCUUUGGCAGCCCCAAGUCCGACCGCACCUGGUCCUGCGGUGAGCCCGGUACAGCUAGCCUGCUCAGAUUUCCUCUCCUGCCCACAACAUCGUCCACUGGUGUAUGGACUUAGUUGUAUGCUGCAGACUGUAACUCUUUGUUGCCCAAGUGCCUUGGUGUGGAAUUAUUCCACAAAUGAAAAUAAGAACAUUAAUCCAGGCUCGCCUCUGGAUUUACUUCAAGUUGCUCCAUCUAGUUUACCUAUGCCAGGCGGAAAUUCAUCAUUUAAUCAACAGGUUCGGGCAAAGAUUUAUGAAGUAGAACAGCAGAUAAAACAAAGAGGUCGUGCUGUGGAGGUGCGGUGGUCUUUUGACAAGUGCCAAGAAUCAACUGCAGGGGUGACCAUCAGCCGAGUUUUGCACACCUUAGAAGUGUUGGAUCGACAUUGUUUUGACAGAUCAGAUUCCAGCAAUUCAAUGGAGACGCUUUAUCAUAAGAUUUUUUGGGCAAACCAGAAUAAAGAUAACCAAGAGGUAGCCCCAAACGACGAAGCUGUGGUAACUCUACUCUGUGAAUGGGCUGUAAGCUGUAAAAGGUCUGGUAAGCACAGGGCCAUGGUUGUAGCCAAACUCCUGGAGAAGAGACAAGCAGAAAUUGAAGCAGAAAGAUGUGGUGAAUCUGAAGUCCUAGAUGAAAAGGAAUCUCUGUCUUCAGCCUCCUUGACAGGUUCCAGUCUUCCUGUUUUUCAGAAUGUCCUGCUGAGGUUUUUAGACACACAGGCUCCCUCAUUAUCUGACCCAAAUAGUGAUCAUGAGAAGACAGAGUUUGUGAAUUUGGUGCUGCUGUUUUCUGAAUUCACUCGACAUGAUGUUUUCUCCCAUGAUGCGUACAUGUGCACUUUAAUAUCCCGUGGAGACUUGUCAGUCACUGCAACUGCUAGAUCACGUUCACCUAAUGGGGAAACUGUGGAUGAACACUAUUCUAAGGAUCAUGACAUGAAAAUGGAGGAUCAUAGUAUUAUGGAACAUAUGGGCAUUGACUCAGGAACCACUAGUAUUUUUGAUGAUGUAGACAAGAGUGACUUUAAGGCAGAUUUUGGUUCGGAAUUUCCAAUUUUUUCUCCGAUGCCUGGGGAGUCUUGUGAGAAUAUGAACUCUUCUUUAGACAGAAGAAUUUCAGUUACCAGUGAGAAGUCAGUGAAGAGGGAAAGACUCAGAGAACUGAUUUUUCCAUCCAAUUAUGACCUCCUUCGCCAUUUGCAAUACGCAACGCAUUUCCCUAUACCACUGGAUGAAUCUUCAAGUCAUGAGUGUAACCAGCGCAUGAUUCUUCUUUAUGGUGUUGGUAAGGAGCGUGACGAAGCGAGACAUCAAUUGAAGAAGAUUACCAAAGACAUCCUGAAAAUUCUGAAUAAGAAGAGUACUACUGAAACGGGUGUUGGGGAUGAAGGGCAAAAAGCCAGGAAGAACAAACAAGAAGCAUUUCCAACCCUUGAGACGGUAUUCACAAAACUACAGCAACUGUCAUAUUUUGAUCAACAUCAGGUGACAUCUCAGAUCUCCAGUAAUGUUCUCGAACAAAUAACUAGUUUUGCCUCAGGAACAUCAUAUCAUCUUCCCUUGGCUCACCAUAUACAACUUAUCUUUGAUCUCAUGGAACCAGCACUGAACAUCAAUGGACUGAUAGACUUUGCAAUACAGCUGCUGAACGAGCUGAGUGUUGUGGAGGCAGAGCUGCUGCUGAAGUCAUCCAGCCUGGCAGGAAGCUACACAACAGGACUGUGUGUUUGCAUUGUUGCUGUCCUGCGGCGUUAUCAUGCCUGCCUCAUUCUCAACUCAGAGCAAACUGCACAAGUAUUUGAAGGGUUGUGUGGGGUGGUCAAACAUGUUGUUAAUCCCUCAGAAUGUUCCUCCCCAGAAAGGUGUAUUUUAGCUUACCUCUAUGACCUGUAUGUAUCCUGUAGUCACCUGAGAAGCAAGUUUGGAGACCUCUUCAGUAGUGCCUGUUCUAAGGUGAAGCAAACAAUAUACAGCAAUGUUCAGCCUUCAAAUUCCAAUCUGCUGUGGGACCCAGAGUUCAUGUUAGAUUUUAUCGAGAAUCCUUCAGCUCAUAGCAUUAACUACUCAAUGCUGGGCAAGAUCCUGAGUGAUAACGCAGCCAACCGCUACAGCUUUGUCUGCAAUGCACUAAUGAAUGUGUGUAUGGGGCAUCAAGAUGCAGGAAGGAUUAAUGACAUAGCAAACCUUUGUGCGGAGCUGACGGCAUGCUGCACAGUGCUGAGCUCAGAGUGGCUAGGGGUUGUCAAAGCUCUUUGCUGCUCUUCAAAUCAUGUGUGGGGUUUCAAUGAUCUGCUCUGCAGCGUUGAUGUGAGUGACCUGUCUUUCCAUGAUUCCCUGGCCACUUUCAUUGCUAUAUUGAUUGCCCGGCAGUGCUUUUCUCUGGAGGAUGUAGUUCAGCACGUUGCACUGCCUUCUCUUCUUGCAGCUGCCUGCGGGGAUCCAGAUGCAGAGCCUGGGGCCAGGAUGACCUGUCGGCUCCUCCUGCACCUCUUCAGGACACCCCAGGUCUGCCUCUUUCCACAGGAAACAGGGAAAUUAUUUCCUGGAAUUCGUUCUUCUUGUGAUCGUCACCUCUUGGCUGCUGCUCACAACAGUAUAGAAGUGGGAGCUGUAUUUGCAGUCUUAAAAGCAAUUUUGAUGCUUGGUGAUGCCGAGAUUGGCAGCAACAGUGUCAACCCCUUGAAGAGCGAGGACUUCACUAUGAGAGGCUUAUUAGAAGACCUCAAUGAGGAUGAAAUGUGGGGUUCCUCUCACACACUGAAAUCAUGUGGAAAAGCUGUUUCCAUAGAAACUGCUAGUUUAAGCGAGUAUGCUAGAUAUGUGCUAAGAACUAUUUGCCAGCAGGAAUGGGUUGGAGAACACUGUUUAAAAGAACCUGAGAGGCUAUGCACAGACAAAGAUCUUAUUUUGGAUCCUGUUCUUUCAAACAAACAAGCACAGAAACUUCUUCAACUUAUCUGCUAUCCUCAUGGUAUUAAAGAAUGCACUGAGGGGGACAACCCUCAGAGGCAGCACAUCAAACGCAUACUUCAGAAUUUAGACCAAUGGACUCUCCGUCAGUCUUGGCUGGAGCUGCAACUAAUGAUCAAGCAGUGCAUGAAGGAGUCUGGUUCUGGGUCUGUGGCUGAAAUGAACAGCUUGUUGGAUAAUAUUGCAAAGGCGACAAUAGAGGUGUUUCAGCAAUCCGCUGAUCUAAACAAUAACUCUUCUAACUCUGGUAUAGGCCUCUUCAAUCCAAACUCUGUUGGAAAUGCUGACACAAGUAAUACAAGACAGAAUGGUAAAAAGACAUUCCUAAGUUCUUCUGAGCGGCGAGGAGUGUGGCUGGUGGCUCCCUUGAUUGCAAAACUGCCUACCUCAGUUCAAGGUAGGGUAUUGAAAGCUGCGGGAGAGGAGCUGGAGAAAGGACAACAUUUGGGGUCAUCUUCUAAGAAGGAAAGAGAUAGACAGAAGCAAAAGAGCAUGUCUCUUUUGAGUCAGCAACCUUUCCUUUCUUUGGUACUUACUUGCCUUAAGGGGCAGGAUGAGCAACGGGAAGGGCUUCUAACAUCACUGCAGAAUCAAGUUAAUCAGAUCCUUAGUAACUGGAGGGAAGAACGGUACCAGGAUGAUGUUAAAGCUAGACAAAUGAUGCAUGAAGCCUUACAACUUCGUCUUAAUUUGGUAGGUGGCAUGUUUGAUACUGUGCAGAGGAGUACCCAGUGGACCACAGACUGGGCACUUCUGCUCCUUCAGAUAAUCACUUCAGGAACUGUUGAUAUGCAGACCAACAAUGAAUUGUUCACAACUGUGCUUGACAUGCUGGGCGUUCUCAUCAACGGGACACUUGCCUCCGACUUGUCAAAUGCUUCUCAAGGAGGGCCUGAGGAAAACAAAAGGGCUUAUAUGAAUUUAGUGAAAAAGUUAAAAAAAGAGCUGGGAGACAAGCGGUCAGAAAGCAUUGACAAGGUUCGCCAGCUGCUCCCUUUGCCAAAGCAGACAUGUGAUAUUAUUACUUGUGAGCCAAUGGGAUCCUUGAUUGACACCAAGGGCAACAAAAUUGCAGGAUUUGACUCCAUUGAUAAGAAACAGGCAAGAGGUCUUCAGGUUUCAACAAAACAAAAAGUGUCCCCUUGGGACUUAUUUGAAGGUCAUAAAAAUCCUGCCCCUCUCUCCUGGGCAUGGUUUGGUACAGUUCGUGUCGAUAGGAAAGUGAUCAAAUAUGAAGAGCAGCAGCAUCUCCUCCUGUAUCACACACACCCCAAACCCAAGCCACGGAGCUACUACCUCGAGCCCUUGCCCCUUCCUCCAGAGGAGGAGGAGGAAGAGCCUACCACACCUGUCUCUCAGGAACCAGAAAGAAAGUCAGGAGAGCUCUCAGAUCAGGGAAAACAUGCCAUGGAUGAUGAGAAGAAGACAAAAGGCAGGAAGAGAAAGUCAAAGUCAAGCUCAAGGACUGAUGAAUAUCCACAGAACAACUUAUACAGAGUGCCUCCCAAUUAUUCACCUAUUUCCUCUCAAAUGAUGCACCAUCCUCAGUCUGCCUUGUGGGGUUACAACAUCAUGGGACAGCCACAGCAGCCUGGUUUCUUUGUGCAGAACCAGCCCCUCCCACCAGGUGGUUCCAGACUGGAUCCAACAAGCUCAUUUGUUCCAACUAAUACGAAACAAGCCCUGUCGAACAUGCUGCAGCGACGCUCUGGCACCAUGAUGCAGCCCCCCUCUAUCCAUGCAAUUACACCUCAGCAGCAGUUGCUCCAGAUGAAACUCCUGCAGCAAGAGCAGCAGCAGCAGCAGCAGCAGCGGCUCCUCAGGCAGCAAGCACAGGCACGAUCUCUCCAACAGGGUCAGCCGAUGGACCAAGCUGCUAUGUUCACUCCGCAAGUUCGACCCCCGGCUCAGCUUCCGCAGUACCCAGGGUUGCAGCAAGCACAGAGCAUGCCUCAUGGAUACACAAUGUACAGCACACAGAUGCCUUUGCAGCAGCAGCAGGCCGGUGGUGUGGUGCUCUCCCCCAGCUACAACCCCCGGGCAUACACAGCAGCUCACUCCGGCCCCGCGCUGAUGGAGAGGCUGAGGCAGAUGCAGCAGCAGCCGAGUGGGUACAUCCAACAGCAGGCUGCUGCAUACAUCCAGCCUUUGACAGGCACUCAGCGAUUGACCCAUCAGCCUUUGCAGCCGAAUUCAUUGAUAGGAGGGGGACUGGACAGUGCAUCAACCACAGGUCCUCAUCCAAACCUGAACUCGGCACAGCUGCCUCAGGAGCAAAUGAGACAGAGGCAGCAGCAGAUUCGACAGCAGAGACUCUUCCAGUUGCAGCAGGGGCAGCAGCAGGGCCAGCAGCAGCCACAGACGCUCGGUCUCCAGCCCGUGCAGCCGCAGCAGCCCUUGCAGUUUCCACGGCAAGGCUUACAACAGACACAGCAGCAGCAACAGACAGCGGCACUGGUCAGGCAACUCCAGAAGCAGCUCUCUAGUAACCAGCCACAACAAGGAGUGAAUCAAUAUGGGCAUCCUUCACACUUCUAAAUGAAAAAGAUGGAAAGGAGACGUAGAGUUACGUUUGCACUGAAGAACAGAACAUUCAAAUUUCAAUGCACUAGUUAUUGCUAGAAAGCAAACUUUAGUUUUCUUCUCUUAUUUCAAUAAUUAUUUUUUUGUGCUGCAGUUGAUGUGAAUAUGUAACAAGGUUUUUUGGGGUUUUGAUUUCUUUUGCAUUUAAUUAGAUUUAAAUGUAGGGAUGUGUAGGCCUACUUGAAGAAUGUUAUUGCAGAUUUUAUGAAUUUGGUGCUUUUUAGGUCCUGUUACUUUUAAAGAGGACAAAGAAUGCUGGAUUUAUUUAUUUGUGGGAAACACUUUCUUGUUAUUCUUUUUUUUUUUUUUUUUUUUUAAGAACUGCACUGGACCAAACUACUGAAUUGAAAGGCACUUCCAAUUUUGGCAUAAAAGUUUAUUUGUUCAUUAAAAUGUUCACCUCUUUGUUUGAUGGUAGAACAAAUGUUAAUUUAAAUUGUAUUCAUUUGACUGUAAUUUUCAUAUGCACUUUAUAAAGUUCUUUGUUUAAAGUACCAAUUCUCUCUUGCUCUCAUUGUGGUAAGAAGGUGCUGAAGUGGGUUUAUUGCUUGUAUUAGAACCUCUUAAAAUUUAUAUUAAAAGCCACAAUGUAAUGUUAAUAAACCUACUAGAAGUAGCAGUGUAUCUUCAUAUUUGGUCCUUUCAAUAUAAAGUUCGUUGGUGAUCAGUUGAAGGACUACAAAACAUAGUAACAAGGACUGACCAGUCAAAAUAGGUUUUACUCUGCUCACGUAGGGCAGUCUCCGAAUCCUGGUAAAGCCUGACGGGAGAUGACUCGCUAUCUCGAUGGGUUCGGUAAGAAUAUCUCAUACGAGGGUUCACAAAGAGAGGGUGGAAAAGCCACCAGAGUCUUUCUUGCUGUUUCAGUGUUUCCGUAGCUGACACGUGUGUAUACUGAAGUCGCCCUAUAUGAGUUAUUCCUGUUAUAUAUGUCUACUACUACUUACUUUGUAUGUUAACUAUUUAAAAUUCUGGGUUUGAUGCUUGAUUGCUAGGUGAGUUGCAGUGGUGUAAUGCAUUAUUUAUCAUCAGCUGAGUGCAAAAAUACAAGUAAAUUACAAAUCAAAAUUACUACAAACCAUUAUUUAAACCUGUUCAAAUAUGUCCUAAUUUUGAGUU